UUCCUUCUACUGUAGCAGAAACGAGCGUCGAGGGGAAAAUCCACGCGCGUACUUACACUCGUAUCUCUCUGUGCACUCGUUUCGAUUAUUAUGCGUUUGAAAUAUAAUAAAUCAAAAAGUAAAAAAGCGGCUAUAAAUACGCGCUCUCGGGUGGCAGGAAAAAGUAGUCGAUGAUCGUCUCUCAAUAGCCCGCGAUCACGAUGACGACGAUGCGCCUCUCGUUGUGUUUGUGCCUGAUAACGGCGGCGAGUGGUGUAAUCGCCGAUUCGAAGCCGGAAGUGGAGACGAGCCUCGGUAGGAUCAAGGGCUCGCUCAUGAGUACGCGCUUGAACAGGACGAUCUAUGCGUUUCGCGGCGUGAGGUACGGCAAGUCGACCGCCGGAGAGCGACGUUUCAAGCCACCGGUGCCAGUUGAUCCUUGGAGCGGAACCUUCGAUGCCUCGGAGGAAGGUCCUUCUUGUCCUUUGAUAGAAGUGCCCGAGCUCGCCAGCGAAGAUUGUCUCAGGCUCAAUGUCUAUACGACCAAGCUUCCAACGCGUCCAAGAGCUGUCAAACGGCCCGUCAUCGUGUUUUUCCAUCCGGGUGGCUUCUACGGCUUCUCGGCUCAGAGCUACGUGUGGGGACCUCAGUACUACCUGGACCAGGACGUUGUCUUGGUCACGGUGAAUUACCGACUCGGUACCUUUGGCUUCCUGAGCACUGGUGACUCUCGAGCUCCGGGCAAUCUCGGCCUCAAGGAUCAAGUGGUGGCUCUGCGAUGGAUCCAGCGCAACAUCGCCAGCUUCGGAGGUGAUCCCAACAGCGUGACCAUCACGGGCUACAGCGCCGGCUCCUGGAGCGUCGUGCUGCACAUGAUGUCGCCCAUGUCGCGCGGCCUCUUCCAUCGCGCCAUAGCCAUGAGCGGCUCGCCGACCACCCCGGAGCUCAUGCCGGAAAAACAGCCCGAUCUCUUGCUCAGACAGGCCAAGUACGUGAACUGCCCGAGCGACGACAUCGAUCGGGCCCUCGACUGCUUGAGGACGGUCCCGCAUCAGAACAUCAGCGAUACUCUGCCUAGAUUUUAUGAGUGGUACGGCGAUCCGACGCUCAUUUGGACGCCGGUAGUCGAGCCCAACGUGCCCGGACUCGAACGAUUCGUCAUCGGUCAACCUGUGGACCUGAUAAGGAAGGGACAAUUCGCUCACGUCCCCUUGAUCACCGGCGUCACCAAGGACGAGUUUUCCUCCAAUGCUCACAAGGCCCUCGAGGACGCGGUCAAGGGCGACGAGUCGAUCUACAAGAACUUCACCGAGAACUGGGAGCACGCGGCACCCAUAGCUUUCCAGUACGAGCGCGACACCGAGCGCUCGAGACGCAUCAGCCGCGAGAUAAGGAAAUUUUACUUCAACGACGAGCCCAUUACCUUGAAAAAUGGCAAGAGGCUCGGAGAGAUUUACGCGGACGCCAUCAUAGGCUUUCCGACCUAUCGAUUUGCCAAACUCAUGUCGGAAUACUCUCGCGCUCCCGUUUAUAAUUAUCAGUUCACUUAUCAAGGUCGUUACAGCUUCAAAGUUUGGAGCGACACUAAGAAGCCAACGGGUGUUGUUCAUCACGACGAUUUGAUCUACUUGUUCUACAUUUCGUUUGCAUUUCCGCUCUUCAAGCCCGAGGAUCCAGAAUCCCGCAUGGUAGACAAAUUAACGGCCAUGUGGACAAACUUUGCAAAAUGUGGAAAUCCAAUUCCGCGCUACAAUCCGCUGUUCCGAGGCACCAACUGGUCCGUCAUGACUCCGCGCGAGGAGCCAUACCUCGAAAUCGAUGAAAAAUUGACCAUGAAGAGGAAAAUGUUUGCGGAACGUUACGCACUCUGGGAUCGAUUGUUUCCACUGCUGCCUGUUCGAUAAACGGCGACGACGACGACGACGACGAGGAUGAGUGCUUUUGUUUUAUGGGCGCGAAAAUUAGCGCUUGCAUAAUAAUCGCUGCGAGUUGCGAUAACUUUUGUUUGUACGCUUGAGAAAAUGUUUACAGUAGUAAUAAAAUUUUUUUGCAAAAAAAAGAGAAGAAGUACGAAAGAAAACAAAAAUAAAAAAGAUCCACUUCUGCGAAUGCGCCUUGCCUUUUUUGUCGUGUCAACAGAGCUUUCCUCGUACAGAUAAGAUGCGAAAGUUUAACGAACGAGCAAGGUGAUGACGAGCG